AUGUGGCUUCCCCCUGAAAAGGCAGCCGGAUAUCCGCAUCCGCGCGGAUAUCCGGAUGCAACGGGGCCAUCUCUAGCUGGAAGAACGAUCACUCCCACUUCUUACCCAAUCUGGAAAGCAGCUGUUGAUGUCUACCGCUUGUUAGGAAAUCGUACAGACAACGUUAUCAAAGAUACGCUUCACUUGACAAAAAAACAAUCGUUAGCUUUAGAUUCAUGCCCCUCGUGUUUUGGCUCACCUUCUCCCGAAGACAUCGUUCCAAACUCAGCAAAUCGGAAUCUAGCCACCGCGUCUGACUCUGUUCCUCAAAGUCAAAAUCCUGCAAUCGCACCGGAUACCGCUUCUCAAAAUGCAAAUGAAUCAACUACUUCAGAACAAGUGUCACAGAACCAACAACCCCCUCUAGUAAUAUGUCUCGAUGGUAACUUUCAACACCGGCACCAUUUUUCAGGCAGCAGGAAUUACGUCAAGUUGAUAACUCCCGAUAAGUUUAUCAAACCUUGCUCAAUCAAUCAGAUGAAUGACUACAUCAAAAACCAAGAAGAGAUCCACCGUGUCAGAGGAGCUCGAGAUCGCUGUGCAGAUUCUCAUAAAGCUGCAGAUGAUAAGCGAAAUAAGUCGACAUGGAAAGCAUGUGAUGAUACAGGGCUGAUGGGCUGUUGUUGUAGGCAUGACUCAGCCAUUUACCUUGCAAACAUCUCUGAUGGAGGGGAAAAUCGCAAGUAUCCCUUGGCUAUACUAAACCAGGUUCUAUCCGAUGUCAACUCAAGAAGGGAUGUGCGAGUUCUCUACGAUAUUGGAUGCAAUUUGAAGAAGUUUAUUUCUCUACGGCACCUCUUCCCCGAAGAUACUAAUAGGCUUACAUUUGGCACGUCGGUGUUUCAUUCCUAUGUACACAAUUGGAAGUGUCAAUUGGAAUUUAGCCCUUGCUACAACGACGGAUGGGGCCUUUCUGAUGGCGAAGGACUAGAAAGACUAUGGUCUUAUCUUUCUCCUCUAGUAAGUCCUCUGCGAUACGCUACCCGAAAUCACAGGCUUGCUGCACUUGCGCACAAAAUUCACUUCCACAACAAACGAGGGAUUGAAAACUUGAUUCACUGGCUUGGACAUAAGUACAACAAAGCAAUAAGUCAAAAACAAGAAUCAACCAGCAAGCUCAACUCACUCUAUCGAUUAAUCAAUCCUUUUGCAUCCCCAAGAGCAAGUUACAACCUGCAGUUUUUUGCAGAUCAAUGGAACGAUCAACGGCAAUUUCAGUUGAACCAUACUGAUGCGGAUCGCGAGCGGCAAGAGCAACUAGCAGGCUUCCUGGAUCGGGAAGCCAGUUUAAAUCGACUGAGAGCACGAGUCAACGAGAUGGCAUCGGCCAAUGUUGAUACGUAUGACGACAUAUUUCAAUCCUUACUGGACAUUGCCUCAAGCAUGGAACAGCAACGCGAAUUCGCUAGGGAGUUUCCUGGAGAGCACGACAUUUUGAUUGGCCAAGAUGCCCCAAGGAGAAGAUUGCAACUACUCCUUUGGCAUUCCAAAUCCGAGUUGUACACUCAUGCUGUUGAGUUGUUUGCGGAACGACAGCCUUUGUAUCGCGGGACUCACAUUGGAACGACACUCAGCACACGAAUCAUAGCUGCGAUUGAACGGCGCAAGAGUCCUAUUGAAACAGCAAUACGGAAACAUAACGAAUAUCAACAUGGAUACCUUUCGCUUCUGUCCCCUGACGAAGAUCAACCAAAUAUCCCCGAGAUGACUUAUCAAACUUUUGUCAACUUGUCACUCGAUGAUGCUUUCUGGCAAGAUGUGUAUCUGUACCAUUCACAAGCUCCUUGGGCGGUCAACUCCGAUGUACAAUCCGGAAUACAUGCAAUGCUGAUUACAAAAAGGGUAGAAGAGGAAAUUGGUAUGAUACAGCAUGAGUUUGAAUCAGCGCUAUCUUGGGCUGUAAAUCAUCAUGUCGCUAUCAAGGCAAAAAUUAGUAUACUUGAAAAUUUCCUCUCGGAAGCGGAAUUGUCUGAAGAUGAUGAAGAAGUUGAGGCAAACGAUACAGCAGGCGGCAUUCUUACUUCGAUCAGCUUGGGUGAUUGUGGCAACUCGGUCAAGGCUGAACUAUCACUAUACAUCUUAAAGAACCACCUAACUAAACAUGAGGCUCUUCUGAAUACUUGGUCGGCGGAUGCUCUGUCAUUGUGGGAACAGCUAUAUGGAAACGGUCCACAAACUCACGAAUGGUUCCGCCUCAUAUCAACAUUAGCAUCAACUGAAGCAGUUCACACCAUGGGGACCGAACAUCCUGAACAGGAGGUUAUCAAUGAUGACGAGGGGGUUGAGAUCGAUGAGGAAGGGGAAGAGGUAGACCCGGGUGAACUGCUAAAUCAUCUACAUGUCAAUUAGUAAUAAAGUGAUCGACUGGCGAUACCUCUUCCUUCAUGUCGAUUUGUGUCGCUAGUUUUGUCUGGUUCUUUGUGUUUGUUCUCUUGUUUGUUCUCUCAACGUGUGCUUGCGAAUGAAUGCGCCUAUCUAGUGAAUUCAUGCCUUACUCUCUGAUUCCGUAAUGCAAAAUGGGAUGCCAAUCCAUCUGCAGCCGCA